GUCUGAACUGAAGCAAUAUGAUGGACCUCAGUGUUUUGUUAUUCCCGGAAACCAUGGACAAACCAUAACAUUGCGACACAAAAAUCACUUAAUACAUAAAGUGCCUGCUGGUGAUUCUCCCUAUGCCAGGGCUAAACAUGUUCAGAGAUCUGGAAGGGUUGAAGAAGAGAUUGAAAUGCUUCAGCUCAAGCUGAAGCAUAUUGAAGAAGGUAUAGCUUUCAGUGGAAGGAGGGCAAAGACAGCUAGAUCUCUAGGGAAGAAGGUUCAAAUAACUGUCAAACAGGAAAUUUCAAGAAUACUUGAGAACUUGACCUGGGCUUGCUUGCAGCAAAACAAUUAUAGUUCUGCCGAUGAACAUUACAAUGAUCUCAAUGCUAACUACCUUAAUGGUAACAUACCACAUGAAUGGGGUUCUAUGCAGUUGGAAUAUCUCAAAGUGACUCCUGAGUUCAAGUCCAAACAAAUUAGUGAUUUAUUUGGAGAAGGUUCAAAAUUUCUGUCCUUGCGUGGUGUGACAUACAUGAGCAAAUUGUUGUUGAGGAGCUGUAAUAUCAAUUUAUAGGCGCAAAGAGCUCAAGAAAACUCCUGAAAUCAUCUUCAAUUGAGCUACCUAGUAUGUGUUGGGAUUCUUGGAUGCAGAUCACUUUGACCCCUUGCAAUCUGUGGGGACAGCUCCAAGGUGGAGGCCUCCUGAUGUGGGUUGGGUAAUACGGAAUGUUGGGAUGUCUACUCUUAUUUGAACCCUAUAAUAGUGCUGCAUAAACACGUUCAAAAUUAUAACUAAGUUGACAUCUUUGACACCAUACAUUCCCUUCACAUAAUGGCUUUCAGAAAUUGCGUUGAUUAUUAAUUACUACAAGCACGUAAACUCAAAUUACAGUAGUAGAAUCAAGUACAGUACAUGAAGGCGAUUCCUAAAGCAAAGGAGAAAUAAAAUCUCCCAUUAAACAUUUCAACAGGUGAGACUUAACUUGUACGAGAUUUAUAACACACUUAGAAAUCCCAAAUUGCAUACUUCAUCAAGGAAUUGUUAAAGAGAUUGUCUCUUUCAGUAGUUUCACGCUCCUGCAUUUAACAGAAAGUUCAUUAGCUCACCAUUGUAUACCUUGAUAGUGUUCAACAGUAAUAGCUAUUGCAUGCGAUAAAUGGAAAAAGAAAAUGGACAAGUAUUAUUAUAGGAAGGCUGUGCAUUUAAAUAAGUUGAAAAUUUUAGUCCAACAUUUUGAUUGUGAAUGAGAACUGAAAAUCUAAUUAUGAAAUUAGUUAGGAUAUACUGGAACUGAUAAAAGAUAAAUGCAAUAUCUUUCUUGGUUAUAUAAUUUAAAAGAAUUUAGGAAUUGAAAGAAAAAAGAAAGAAAGUUCAUGACUAUGAUAGUCCUAUAAUAUAAAAUAUAUUUACCACUUAGUUGGGCUUGAUUUAAUCUACCUCUGUGGAACCUCAAAUCAACAAAAGUAUUUUUUAUCAAUUUUAGUUCCUUAAUGACUUCCUUCUUACUCAUUCUAUCUUUUGGGGAUUUCAUUGAACAUUAGUCCAAUGUUAAGAAUUGAGAGUAGGCAUGUUUGCAUGUCAACAUCCAUCUGCCUUAAGUACUCAAUUUUAUUAUUUUCUUCUGUUUGUUCAACUUCACUGCCAUUGCCAUCUUCUUCUGUUUCCACUAUUGCUGUAGUUAUUGCUCUCAUUUUUUCAGGUUCUCUAGGCAAAAGCAUUGGGUUAAUGACCUGAAUGAGUCUUUUUGGUAAUGCCAUCUUAACAAAGUUAUGAAGAUUGAGACAAUCUUUAAACAUAUCAACAGUGGGCCUCCUUCCGGUGAACAUUUCCAACACAAGGAUUCCAUAUAUGCACCCCCCUGAGUUGAUGCCUACCACCCAUGCCAUACUCCUUCCAGUGCCUGCUGGUGAUUCUCCCUAUGUCAGGGCUAAACAUGUUCAGAAAUCGAUUUCAGGUCCUCCAUAAGCACCAUGGGACAACAGAUGAACCUCCCAAACCCCAGACACAAUGACAACCCCUGCCAGCAGCCUACUACAAACAACAAAAGCAGGGAAGAAAAUCUGGCAGCACAUAACAGAGCUCAUUCACAGCUGAAUUCUCAUCUUAGGGCAGAGAGCUUGAUCACUGACUGAAAGUUUAGAAGGAAGAAAAGCCCCAGGCUCUAUCUCACAUCAUUCAAGAUAUUCUUCACGAUGUGACUCCGAAAUCAAGGGCCCUAAUGUGGUAUCUGAUUUCUAAACCUCCAAAUGUGAUAUACUGUGGCUGCACAACAAGUUUACCCACUCUUACUGCAAAUUUCUUGCUAACCAGUUGAGAACACCCCCAUUGCAUCAACUCCAACCAGUCACAGGCGACACUUCUGCCAAGACAGAACCAAUUCACCUGCUUCCAAACACUUUGAAAGAAAUGGUCCCUGCAUUCUGCCCUGCUCCUGCAGAAAACACUAACUACCAUGCCAACCCCAUGAAGUCAUCCUAUCUCAAGUAGAUAGCCUGUUUUUAAUAGCCAACUACAAGAUAAAGCCCUACCUAAGGAUGACAGCAGCAUCCAACACCAAUUUCCACCAAUCCACAUCACUACUCCUUACUUUAAUGGCUUCCCAAGCAUAAUGGCAGGAAAAAA